UGAUAUAUAGCAGUGGCCAGUGGCCAUGCCAGUGAACAGACUCAAACUCCUCUGCAUCUUUGACUGUGUGGACUGUUAUUACGGAAUGAACACAUUGGCUAUUCCAAUGGAAAGGGAGAAAGGAUGGUACCUUUCCCUAAUGGCACCUAACACCAAGGGACCAAAGUAUGCUUGGUUGGAUCCAUCAAGACUCUACUGUAAUUCCCAGGCCCUGUCAGAUUGUGUCAAAGACCUUCUCUGUCCAUUCCAGAAUGAGACCAUCGACCUGGUCGUGGGUAUAGAUGCAAUGGGAUUCGUCCUUGGAUCAGCUAUAGCCACCACCCUUGGUAAGGGCUUUUUGGCUAUUCGCAAAGCAGGACACCUGUGCAUACAAACCGAGAGCCAACCUUACACAGACUACUCAGGGAAUGAGAAGAUGAUGGAGAUCCGCCUGGAUGUGUUAAGGCCAGGGCUCCGAGUGCUGAUAGUGGACCAGUGGAUAGAGACCGGAGGAACAAUAAAGGCUGCUAUCAAACUGGUGGAGAGGCAAGGAGCCGUUGUUGUAGGUGUUGCCACAGUGGCCAUUGAGAACAGUGAGGGAGGAAAAUGA